AGUGCGGCGCCGUCGCGAAGACUGAGAAACCCCGCAGGCGGGCGGGCUGCGGAGGGGGUGGCUGGAGGGCGCGGCGGCCGCCCAGUUGUAGGGCAGGGGUCUGCAGGGCAGCAGCCUCCCGGGGGCCAGCCACGCCGAGCCCGGAACUGGGUCUGAUUGGUGGCGAGGCAGCAACCACUCACACACCAAACAGGAGGCGGCUGUAGCGGCCCCAGCGGCCCCAGCCAUGCUGUGCUAUGUGACGAGGCCGGACGCGGUGCUGAUGGAGGUAGAGGUGGAAGCGAAAGCCAACGGCGAGGACUGCCUCAACCAGGUGUGCAGGCGAUUGGGAAUUAUAGAAGUUGAUUACUUUGGACUGCAGUUUACGGGUAGCAAAGGUGAGAGUUUAUGGCUAAAUCUGAGAAACCGGAUCUCCCAGCAGAUGGAUGGGCUAGCCCCUUACCGGCUUAAACUGAGAGUCAAGUUCUUCGUGGAGCCUCAUCUCAUCUUACAGGAGCAGACUAGGCAUAUUUUUUUCUUGCAUAUCAAGGAGGCGCUCCUGGCUGGCCACCUCCAGUGUUCCCCAGAGCAGGCGGUGGGACUCAGUGCCCUCCUGGCCCAGACCAAGUUUGGAGACUACAAUCAGAACACUGCCAAGUACAGCUACGAGGAGCUGUGUGCAAAGGAGCUCUCCACUGCAGCCUUGACCAGCAUCGUUGCCAAGCACAAGGAGUUGGAGGGGACCAGCCAGGCUUCCGCUGAAUACCAGGUCUUACAGGUUGUGUCAGCGAUGGAAAACUACGGCAUAGAGUGGCAUUCCGUGAGGGACAGUGAAGGGCAGAGACUCCUUAUAGGAGUGGGGCCUGAAGGAAUCUCGAUUUGUAAAGAUGACUUCAGCCCAAUUAACAGGAUAGCUUACCCCGUCGUGCAGAUGGCCACGCAGUCAGGAAAGAAUGUGUACCUGACCGUCACCAAGGAGUCUGGGAACAGCAUCGUGCUCCUGUUUAAGAUGAUCAGCACCAGGGCAGCCAGCGGGCUGUACCGCGCAAUCACGGAGACGCACGCUUUCUACAGGUGUGACACAGUGACCAGCGCUGUCAUGAUGCAGUACAGCCGAGACUUGAAGGGCCACUUGGCAUCUCUGUUUCUGAAUGAAAACAUUAACCUGGGCAAGAAGUAUGUCUUCGAUAUUAAGAGAACAGCGAAGGAGGUGUAUGACCAUGCCAGGAGGGCUCUGUACAACGCGGGCGUUGUGGACCUCGUCUCGAGAAGCGACCACAGCCCUCCCAACUCGCCGCUGAAGUCCUCGGAGGGCGGCAUGAACUGCAGGAGCUGCGAGGGCCUGAGCUGCCAGCAGACCCGCGUGCUGCAGGAGAAGCUGCGCAAGCUGAAGGAGGCCAUGCUGUGCAUGCUGUGCUGCGGGGAGGAGAUCAACUCGGCCUUCUGCCCCUGCGGGCACACCGUGUGCUGUGAGAGCUGCGCCGCCCAGCUCCAGUCGUGUCCCGUGUGCAGGUCGCGGGUGGAACACGUUCAGCAUGUCUAUCUUCCGACUCACACCAGUCUUCUCAACCUGACCGUCAUCUGACCUGCUGUGCGCUUACUGGACAGGCCGUGUUUCCAUGCACUGCACUAUUAUAAACUGAAAACGAUAGACUGUGGAGAAAAUAAGUACUCCAACACCCAUCUACCGUGCAACAUUUUUUUAAAAAGAAGGAAAAGAAUGCCACACUCCUCACCACCGAAACAUACCAUCAGCACCGCCAGUGGUGGGGACCAGGGAGAGCUCGGGGCACUGACACAUUCCUCGGACUUUCAUUCUUUUUAUGAUCAAGUAAAGGAAUAAGUAAAAUGUCUGAUGUCAUUAGGUGGUGCCAUAGCCAAAAAGUGGGUACCUUUUAGGAAGUGAUGUUGUAAGUCUCCAUAAUGUAGUCUAAGGUAAGCUUCCUACCUGCCGCCAGUUGUGGAAGAAUUGGUUUGAAGAAUUUUCUUGGUUUGUUUUUAUUUUCGUGUUUGCUUUUGUUUCGGUAUGGUCACAGAGCUCUGAACAUUUUUAAUAGGAAAUUUUUUCUUAAAGAUGUUUUCAUGACAUUUCUGUUUUUAUAACGUGUUCAAGAAUGAUUAGAAGGCAAACAGAUUUAAAAAUUAAUUCUGUGACUUUUAGACAGUUGACAGAGUUGUCAGAUGUAAACCGGUCUGGAUGGAGGAAAACAAGUAACUCAGUGCGGCGGCUUCCUGUUCCUUUCCCGCCCUCCCCUUGCCUUCAAGCCUUUCAACUGUAAAAUGCUACCAAUUCGGUUAAAAGAUUUUGGUGGAGUAAUCAGCACUCCUUGGGCCUCUCGAGUUGGUGGAAUGUUUUAGUUUAAGAUUGAAAAGGGAGCGUGUUCCUUGGGAAGGGAGAGCGAUGCUCACUGCGGAAGCUCCAUGGUAUGCAAACAAGGCGGCUCUGCGUCCUCCUCAGCGCUCUGCCCAUCUUCACCCCGGGGGGUCGCCUUUGCUUGAGCCAUCAAGCCUUGUACAGCCUUAUAGGUACCUAGAUAUUAUAUGCUUUUUUUUGGUAAAUGCUUAAAUAUUAACUUUUGCUCGUCCCCUCUCUAUGUCUUAAGAGGGGUUUCAGGUUUUUUGUUUCUAUAUUCUUAAUCAUGUUUUCCACUCCCACCUGGGCAUUUUGGAUGUUGGUCAGCUCGUGGGUUUUCUAGGACUUCGGGAAACCUAGAUGACUGUACUGGGUGCAAUACUAGCUAACUGAAAGCUAGAAAGCUACACUGUCACUUUACUGAGAUUUCUGAGUAUACUUUUCAUAUUGCCUUAAUGUAGCAGUAAUGUGUUUAUGCAUUUGUUUCUUUGCACAGACAUUUUGUCAGAUAUUAAAACUCUACUUUUUUAUGGCACAUAUUAGCAUAUAAGCCUUUAUUCCAAAAGGUAUUUAUUUUUUCACUUGUAAAAAAAUAAUGUUUCCACAUAAAGAACUCUGUUAUAUCCUAA